GUGGUGUUGUGGGAAAAGUCUGGCUUCAUGGCGUGCUUCGUAUCUCCCACGCCGUUACCCAGCAGGUCGCUAGCUAGCAAGGAUAUAUGCUACCCAUUGUUUUUCGUUCCACGAGUUUUGAUAUGGUGGAUAUUAUAAAAGAUGUCCUCGGAUGAAGGGGAGCUGGUCAGUCCACACCUACCUCAGGACUCAGACAGGGGCAGCUCCGUGUCUUCUGAACUUCAAGAAGAGUAUGAAGAUCUACUUCGCUUUGCUGUAGUCACUCCAAAGUAUGAUCCAAGUGUCCCAUCUCAGCUGAUGAGCAGUGCAUUUUCUUUAAAAGCUGCCCAGAAUUCCAGUGCAAUAGAUCCUGCAAUUCUUGCGGCAGCUGAUGACAUCAGAGGAAAUGGGAGACGAUUGUCACCUGUAUGUGAGAAUCUUUCAGCCACCUGUGCUCCACAGUUAGAAGGACCCCGACCACAGAGUCACAUUUCCGAAGGUGAGGAGGUGGCAUCCGGGUCUGACAGAGGAUCAGAACGCGUCUGUGCUGACUCGAACAGAUCUGGGAAGAGCAGUCCGGAUCAUGUGAUCAACGUGAUGACUGAGAUGUUUGUGUCUGAGGAGAACCUGAACAAGAUGGAGGACAUUUUGGACACCUGGAGCAACAACUUGAAGAGUAAUGUGAUGACAGAGCUAAGGAAAUGGAAAAUGGCCUUUGUGGAGCAGCACAGACUGGAGAUGACGAAGGAGAGGGAAAAACAUGCUGCUCACAUAGCAGGCAUUCAUGCAGAGAUGGACAGCCUUAAAGACCUGCUCAAUACCUACCAGAUCUCCAAUCAGCGGAAAGAUGAGGUGAUCAUGAAUCUGACACGGGCGGUUGACAGGCAGCGGGAGCGGCUGGAGUUGAUGAGGAGCUUCACCCAGUGGAGACUCCAGCACUGUGCUGCCAAAGAGGAGGCUCAGGCGAGCAGGUUGGCAGAGCAGCACCACCAGCUACAGUUAAAGAAGAAGGUGUGGGCGGCCUGGCACUCGCUUAUCCAAAAGGGCUGGAGGGAGAGGGCAGAGCGGGCAUGCCGCACUCGCGCUGAGGAGGUCUGUCUGCAGCUCUCUGCUGACUACGAGGCUAAACUGGCAGAGCAUGUGGAGGCCCUACAGAAAGCCCAAGCUGAGAUCCAGAGGUUGCAGAGAGAGAGAGAGCGCUAUGAAGACUCCAUGAAGAAGGCGUUCAUGCGUGGUGUCUGCGCUCUUAACAUCGAAGCGCUCAGCAUGUUCCACACUGCAGAUCCGGGCAGACAGGAGCGAGAUGCGCCACCAUCAGGAGACGAACCCAGUUCUAGCUCAAUGGCCAGUCGACCAAUCUUUACUGCAUCUUCAGCACGCCUAAGCCCAAUCAGCAUGGAGACUCCAGUGCAGCCUGUCCAUUCCCGCACUAAUACAGAUGACACAGAAGCAGAUCAGUUUAGCUCCCAGCCCGGCUAUAGUACAGCAGUCAGUCAGACAGACGCACUGCCUUCUCCUACAGUAGUGAACACCGCUUUAGCACCUGGAGGCAUCACAAGUUCCCUUCGACAGUUCCCACACACAAGUGUACGGACAGUAACAGCUGGUCAACAGAAAGCUUCAAAGACAGUGACUGCACGCAUCACGGGACGCUCAGAACUGGCCAAGACAGGCCGUAACCCCAGCAACCUGCAUGUCAUGGGUGUGGUUCCACCCAUGAGCUCCGUCAUUGUGGAGAGACACCACCCUGUCACUCAGGUUACCCUCGGUCAGGCAACAGCGGCCAAGUUUCCUCGCUCUACUCUACAGAGUCACACUGUGUCCAGCACUAAAAGCUCCAGCCAGCCCAGGGGACAACCAUCCUCCGCAUUUCACAUCCACUCCAUUAAAGUAGUGGACUAACACACACACAGAAGUGACAUACAGUGGAAUACAUUUGCUAAGUCAUAGCUAAAACCUCUUAUUUGAGAAUCAAGGCUUCAUUUUGAAGGUUUUAAAUUGUCCAUUCAGGUUUACAUUGCAUUUUUAAUGUUUAUAAUGGUUUAUUAAACAUUUUGUAUGUUUUAAAGUAUUUUUAUAAUAAUAAAUUUUAGAUAUGCCUUUUAUUUAA